UUUGCUGAACUGUCAAUUGAACGAAACUCAAGAGAUUCGUAUUAUACACAAAUUGAUGUUUUGAUUCCUCCUGCGGUUUUAAGAAAUUUUUAACAUUUCUAUGAUAAAAUUAGACAGUUUUUGGUUUGAGUUGAUUUGGCUGAAGGAGUGAAAUGGCGUUCGUUAGCAACAACCUCGAAAAAUGUAGUUUUUGUUCCGAUGUAUGCAGCGGGGAAUCCCAUUACGCGCUGAUACCCUCUCACCAAGAGCCGAAAUUAAAAACUGUGCUGCAGAAACUUAAUAGUUCAACUUCCCAAUUGAGUAGUUAUCCUAUAUGCGACAAAUGCCACCAAGAAUUCGAGACCAUCUUCAAGAUUCCCGAGAGCUGCUUCCAAAUUGUGUCCAAUGCCAAACCUACAGAUCACAUCAAGAUGGAACCAGAGUUAAUGAUUGAUGACCACGAACUGUCGAAAAAUGGCAAUUUUUUUGAAGGAGAUUUAACAGUGGACUUUGGCUCGAUUGAACCGGAAGACCAAAUGGGUAUCGAGGGAGAAAAUGGAGAAGUAUUCUUCAUCAGCGAAAUAGACGACGACGUGGGAACAAAUACACAAAAAACAAGUGGAUUGGAACAGAAGGAAGCUCACUCACCUUCAGAACGUCAUAAGUGUAAGAUGAGAUUGAUGGACGAAAAUUUGAUGACAGAUCACAUACGGUUACGCAUGGAAGGAAAACCGUUAAAAUUUGAAAGGUGUGAAAAAACAUUUAGUUCUAAUAACGGACUAAAAGAGCACGUACGAACUCAUACAGGUGAACGUCCCUAUUCUUGUUCAUAUUGUCUGAAAACGUUUGGGACUCCUUCAAAGCACAAAGAGCACAUUCGUACUCAUACUGGUGAAUGUCCCUAUUCUUGUCCACAUUGUCCGAAGACGUUCAAGCGAUCUGCAACGCUCAAAUUACACAUUCUAACUCAUACGGGAGAGCGUCCCCAGUCUUGUCCGCACUGCCCGAAAACGUUUAGGGCUCGUUCAACACUUCUACGUCACAUUCAAACUCAUGAACCUUCAUUUUCUUGUCCACAUUGUGCGAAAGGAUUUAGGAACUGUAAAAAAUUCCUAAAGCACAUUCAAAUUCAUCCGGACUCGGGAGAUAUCUCGAAAGAGGAACCGUUUAAAUGUAAAAAGUGUGAAAAAACAUUUAGUUCUAAUAACGGACUAAAAGAGCACGUACAAACUCAUAAGGGUGACCGUCCCUAUUCUUGUUCACAUUGUCUGAAAGCGUUCAGUACUUCUUCAAAGCACAAAGAGCACGUUCGAACUCAUACGGGUGAAUGUCCCUAUUCUUGUCCACAUUGUCCGAAGACGUUCAACCGAUCUACAACGCUCAAAUUACACGUUCUAACUCAUACGGGAGAACGUCCCCAGUCUUGUCCGCAUUGCCCGAAAACGUUUAGGAUUCGUUCAACACUCCUACGUCACAUUCAAACUCAUGAUCGUCCAUUUUGUUGUCCACAUUGUGUGAAAGCAUUUAGGAACUGUAAAAAACUCGAAAAGCACAUUCAAACUCAUCCGGAUUCGGGAAAUACUUCAAAAGAGAAACGGUUUAAAUGUGAAAAGUGUGAAAAAAUAUUUGGCUCAAAACAGAACCUUAAAAUACACGUUUUUACUCAUACGGGUGAACGUCCCCAUUCUUGUUCACAUUGUCCGAAAGCGUUUAAACAUCCUUCAGCGCUCCAAAAGCACAAUCGAACCCAUAUGGCUGAACGUCCCUUUUCCUGUCAAUAUUGCUCGCGAGCGUUUAGGAUUCAUAAAACACUCCAAGAUCACGUCCGAACUCAUACGGGUGAACGUCCCUAUGCUUGUCCGCAAUGUCCGAAGACGUUUAUUCAAGCUACAAACCUCAAAAUACAUGUGCGAACUCAUACGGGUGAACGCCCCUAUUCUUGUCCACACUGUACGAAAGCGUUUAAGCAUCCUUCAGCGCUCCAAAAGCACAUUCAAACUCAUACAAGAGACAAGUUCAAGCUGUAUUCUGAUCGUGAUGUGCGCAAAAUGCCGAACCAUUCGGAACAGGAACCACAGAAAACUUGUCGCAGCAAAUUGACGUUCACUCAGAGACGUAUGGUAGACGAAUUAGACGAACACCUUACCGAAUCCAGUUCCACCGAAGAGGAUGAAGCAGCAGAAGCUAUUUCCACAAAACCCAAACCGAAUCACACAAUCAUCGAAGCAGAGAUGAAAAGGAUGAGACCCAAAAAGAAAGAGUGUUUCAACUGUAAAGAAGAAGGACACUAUUUCAAGGAUUGCUCAAGGAAACACGACCGAGUGCCGCCAGUGUCGUACCCCGCUGGGAAACUAAAUUCGGGAUUCGAGGUUAAGAGUCUACCCGAACCCGGCGAUGUUACCUUACAGACUCUACAAACUCAAAGCGAACUCGUUGAACCAAAAUGCUACUGCGUAGAAAUUUCCGACAAAAUUCCAACACAACAAUUCCAAAACUACUUCGAUCAACUGUUAACUGAAAUAACCACCCUGAAUGAAGAAGACCCUAGAUUCUUCACGGAAGUGUCUGUCGACGAGGAGAAACUCAACAACAGUGCCCAGACUCUUGUCAGGAUCAUGGGCCGCAUUCUAGGACCAGAUCUAGAACCAGAGGUCUUCGUAUAUUUGGACGACAUCGUCGUUGCUACAGAUACUUUCGAAAAACACAUGAUGAUCCUGAAGGAAGUGGCUGCACGACUACUCAAACGAGCCAACCGGAAGGGGUCGUGGGUGGACCGCGAGGAUAACCGCCAAGGAGUCAUCGAGUCCCCACAAGUGGAAGCAGCUUCCUUCAAGACGUAUCCUGAACCGACGGGAGCUGUUGGUGGAGGUUCGGCACCAAUCCAUAUCUACAGCGAAAAAUGUAGUUUUUGUUCCGAUGUAUGCAGCGGGGAAUCCCAUUACGCGCUGAUACCCUCUCACCAAGAGCCGAAACUAAAAACUGUGCUGCAGAAACUUAAUAGUUCAACUUCCCAAUUGAGUAGUUAUCCUACAUGCGACAAAUGCCACCAAGAAUUCGAGACCAUCUUCAAGAUUCCCGAGAGCUGCUUCCAAAUUGUGUCCAAUGCCAAACCUACAGAUCACAUCAAGAUGGAACCAGAGUUAAUGAUUGAUGACCACGAACUGGCGAAAAAUGGCAAUUUUUUUGAAGGAGAUUUAACAGUGGACUUUGGCUCGAUUGAACCGGAAGACCAAAUGGGUAUCGAGGGAGAAAAUGGAGAAGUAUUCUUCAUCAGCGAAAUAGACGACGACGUGGGAACAAAUACACAAAAAACAAGUGGAUUGGAACAGAAGGAAGCUCACUCACCUUCAGAACGUCAUAAGUGUAAGAUGAGAUUGAUGGACGAAAAUUUGAUGACAGAUCACAUACGGUUACGCAUGGAAGGAAAACCGUUUAAAUUUGAAAGAUGUGAAAAAACAUUUAGUUCUAAUAACGGACUAAAAGAGCACGUACGAACUCAUACAGGUGAACGUCCCUAUUCUUGUUCAUAUUGUCUGAAAACGUUUGGGACUCUUUCAAAGCACAAAGAGCACAUUCGUACUCAUACGGGUGAAUGUCCCUAUUCUUGUCCACAUUGUCCGAAGACGUUCAAGCGAUCUACAACGCUCAAAUUACACAUUCUAACUCAUACGGGAGAGCGUCCCCAGUCUUGUCCGCACUGCCCGAAAACGUUUAGGGUUCGUUCAACACUCCUACGUCACAUUCAAACUCAUGAACCUUCAUCUUCUUGUCCACAUUGUGCGAAAGGAUUCAGGAACUGUAAAAAAAUCCUAAAGCACAUUCAAAUUCAUCCGGACUCGGGAGAUAUCUCGAAAGAGGAACCGUUUAAAUGUAAGAAGUGUGAAAAAACAUUUAGUUCUAAUAACGGUCUAAAAGAGCACGUACAAACUCAUAAGGGUGAACGUCUCUAUUCUUGUUCACAUUGUCUGAAAGCGUUCAGGACUCCUUCGAAGCACAAACAGCACGUUCGAACUCAUACGGGUGAAUGUCCCUAUUCUUGUCCACAUUGUCCAAAGACGUUCAACCGAUCUACAACGCUCAAAUUACACAUUCUAACUCAUACGGGAGAGCGUCCCCAGUCUUGUCCGCACUGCCCGAAAACGUUUAGGGUUCGUUCAACACUCCUACGUCACAUUCAAACUCAUGAUCGUCCAUUUUCUUGUCCACAUUGUGCGAAAGCAUUUAGGAACUGUAAAAAACUCGAAAAGCACAUUCAAACUCAUCCGGAUUCGGGAAAUACUUCAAAAGAGAAACGGUUUAAAUGUGAAAAGUGUGAAAAAAUAUUUGGCUCAAAACACGACCUUAAAAUACACGUUUUUACUCAUACGGCUGAACGUCCCUUUUCCUGUCAAUAUUGCUCGCGAGCGUUUAGGAUUCAUAAAACACUCCGAGAUCACGUCCGAACUCAUACGGGUGAACGUCCCUAUGCUUGUCCACAAUGUCCGAAGACGUUUAUUCAAGCUACAAACCUCAAACUACAUGUGCGAACUCAUACGGGUGAACGCCCCUAUUCUUGUCCACACUGUACGAAAGCGUUUAAGCAUCCUUCAGCGCUCCAAAAGCACAUUCAAACUCAUACAAGAGACAAGUUCAAGCUGUAUUCUGAUCGUGAUGUGCGCAAAAUGCCGAACCAUUCGGAACAGGAACCACAGGAAACUGUGAAGGAUUGAAUAGCUAGUUGCUGAAUUGAUUUUCUUCAUCACUAAAAUCUGUUAUUGAGUUAUCUCAUAAAACGAAUAUUUCUAGAUUUCACCAAAUAAAAUAGAAUAAAUAGUCAAUAA